AUGGAGAAGAAGAAGCUUAAACAUGAGAAUACAACUUUGACUCCUAGUGAAGCUAGGAAUCUUGAUGGGCCGGUUCCAUUUCCCGGUCGACUUGCGGAGAGGAAGUUGAAUGACAAGUUUGCAAAAUUCCUUAGUGUGAUGAAGAAUUUGCACAUCAACCUACCUUUCAUCGAAGUUGUCACACAAAUGCCUUCAUACUCCAAGUUCCUCAAGGAUAUUCUCACCAACAAGAGGAAGCUCAAUGAUGAGCUCAUCACUCUUCCCCAUCAAGUGAGUGCACUUGUUCAACAUAAGAUGCCCAAGAAGCAAAAGGAUCUGAGAAGUUUCACUUUGCCGCUUAAUAUUGAAAUGAUCCCCACAAGAAAAACUAUCCAAUUGGCCGGCUAUUCGGUGAAGUUGCCUUGUGGUGAAAUUGAAGAUGUUCCUAUUCAAGUUGGGCAUAUUUAUGUGCCUUGUGACUUUGUAGUGAUGGAUAUGGAAGAAGAUGUUGAUACUCCUUUGAUUUUGGGUCGUGAAGCUCUUAAGAAUUUGGGGGCGGUGAUCAAUUGCAAGAACAACACCAUUACAUGUGAGGUAGCCGAUGAAAAGAUUGUUUUUGAGUUCUCUAAGCUACUCAAGACCCCCAUGGUUGAGAAGUGCUAUAGGUUUGAUGUUGUGAAUGCAGAGUUAGAUCGCUUGGGAAGGGUUAUGAUGAAUCCUCAAGAUCCAAUGGUUGAAGCUCUUACAUGCAAGGAAGAGUACCACUCUCAAGAAGCAAAAGAGUUUGUCAUGGCCAUUGAAGAAGCCAAAAUGGAGGAAGAGGAUGAUCCUAGGGAUGAUGAGCUUGAACUAGCGGAGGAGAAUUUGGAGGAGAGUUCCAAGCCUCCUGCCAAGUUUAUGACUAAGAAGGAAGCAAAGCCUCGCCUCAUCCGUUGGGUUCUUUCACUUCAAGAUUUCGACAUGGAAAUGAGGGAUAAAAAAGGAGCGGAGAACUUUAUGGCGGAUCAUUUGUCUAGGCUUCCUUUUGAGAUUAAGGAAGAUGUGCCAAUCAAUGAAGAAGUGGGAUUUGAAACUCUCAUGGCUAUAGCUUCAAUAUCUAGCCCAUGGUAUGUGGAUAUAGCCAAUUAUCUUGCUUGCGGAGUCAUUCCCCCAGAGUUUUCUUCUCAACAAAAGAAGAGGUUUUUCAAGGAAGUGAGGAGAUACUUUUGGAAUGAACCCUACUUGUUUAAACAGUGUGGAAAUGGCCUCUUCCAGAAAUGUGUUCCGGACCAUGAGAUCGAAGGAGUUCUUGAGCAUUGCCACUCAUUACCGUGUGGAGGACAUGGAGGAGUUUAUAAGACGAUGGCAAAGAUUUCUCAAUCUAUCCUAUGGUGGCCAACGAUGCAUAAGGAUGCCCGUAAGUUCGUUUCAAGAUGCGACAAGUGCCAAAGAAGUGGUGGCAUAACCAAAAGGGAUGAGAUGCCUCAACAAAACAUUUUGAAAGUUGAGCCAUUUGAUGUUUGGGGUGUCAACUUUAUGGGGCCUUUUAUCUCUUCAUGUGGGAAUUUGUAUAUCUUAGUAGUGGUGGAUUAUGUUACUAAGUUGGUUGAAGCUAUACCCUCCCUUACCAAUGAUCAUAAAGUUGUGCUCAAACUUCUCAAGAAAAUCAUAUUUUUGCAGUUUAGGGUUCUUAGGGUGCUAAUUAUUGAUGGAGGCUCCCACUUUGCCAAAAAGCAAUUCAAAGCUCUUCUCAAGAGAUAUGGGGUUCAUCACAAAGUUGGUCUACCUUGCCAUCUUCAAACCCAAGGGCAAGUGGAGGUGUCUAAUAGAGAGAUCAAGAACCUUCUUGAAAGAAUUGUGAACAAAUAUAGGAAGGAUUGGUCCCUUAAGCUUGACGACACACUUUGGGCCUUGCGGACGGCGUACAAGACUCCAAUUGGUACUACCCCCUAUCGGUUGGUCUAUGGGAAGGCUUGUCAUUGUAUGGUUGAGUUGGAGUAUAAAGCUUGGUGGGCAAUCAAGGAGCUAAACAUGGAUAUGUCGUUGGUCGGUGAGAAGAGAUUGCUCAAGCUCAACGAACUUGAAGAGCUUAGAUAUGAUUCCUACGAAACUCGAGACUAUACAAGGAGAAAAAUAAGAAAUGGCAUGACCAACAUAUAA